CCUGGGCUCUUGAAACUUUCCAAAGAAGGCUCGUGCCCUGUACCCUCGACCGAGACAUUCGAACAUACACCAUUUCCACCUCUCCUUCUCUUCGAAAGGGUUCAACUCCUCUGAGAGCGCAGUUUGACUGGCUGGUCCGUCGAUUUUAGCUCCCCACGAAGCCUCCUGUGCGACCUUGCCAGCGUUGAGCUGAUGGCCUCUGCCGCCAGCGCUACAUCCUCCUCCGGCUCUUUCCUAAAUUCCAGUACCACACAAAACAAUAAUGGUCUGGUGAGAACCACGAUGAGAUCAAGUAGCAACGCGAAAGGUGCGGAUGCAGGGCGCAAGCAGAGUCCUGUCGAGGGUCUUUCACGACGACCAAGUUCCCACAAAGCCUGGGGUUCAGCCUCGAGCUCCGCUUCGCAGCGUGCCCCAAUGGCUAGUCAGCAAAAUGGAAGUUCUCUGCAACCAAGAAACCAAGGUAAUGCGAGAUCAGGUACCAAGAAAGAGAGUGGUGUAUCAGACAAACAGGCCCAUGAGAGGUUGAUGUUUCUUUUUGGAGCGGCUAUUGGCUUGACCAUCGUUAUAACCGUGAAGUCAGGCGACAGUUAUGAAGGCCUGCUGUCUGGAUCGACUUUCAAUCCGUCCAACUCUAAAGUUACCUUAAAGAUGGUCAGAAAGUUGCCGGCCGCAGUUGGAGGACAGACAAAUGGUGCUGCAUCUCGGGAAGCGGCCUUAAUUGGCUCGAGUCCCGAACAUGCAAUGAAUUUCGAUGUGAAAGACAUGGCCGACAUGUAUAUUGCGGAAUUCUCGCUACCUGAGAAUCCUAAACUCGCAAACGGCUCGUCCACAGGCUUUCAAACUGAUGCCGACAUUUCUGGCAAUCAGCUUCGCGGAGAGCGAACGCUUCAACGAUGGGUUCCUGAGGAAGCUCCCUCAACCGACUUCUCACUGGAGUCCGGCAAUGCAACCAGCUGGGAUCAGUUCGCAACCAAUUCCCAACUCUUCGGUACACAGAGCACGUACGAUGAGAAUUUGUACACAACUUCUAUUGACCGAAGCGCACCUUCAUACAGACGUCGAGAAGCUGAAGCAGAAAGACUUGCCAGAGAAAUUGAAGGCUCAGCGGCUAACAAUAUGCACAUUCGCGAGGAACGUGGUCAGGCUCUAGAGAAUGAUGGUGACGAUGAAGAAGAAAAGUACAGUGGAGUGCGCCGUGAAGAACGCGGUUUCCCUUCUCUGCCAGCGGGUGGUCCGAAUAAAUACACACCGCCAGCGAGGCGCGCACCCACUGGUCAAGCAACAGUACCAGGUGUACCUGUCGAUCCUGCGAUCAUCUCAGCACAGCUACACCCACUCGAGGGUCAGGAACCUGCCAGCGAGAAGCAGAAAGAAGACAAAGCUGCAGGCUCUUCAAGUGAGGAGUCCGCGGGUGAUGCUGGUCAGGCAUCUGCUCAAACUUCUGAGACAGUCACGGCUGAUGCGCCAUUGCACGGUGCAACAUCCGCCGCCAACGUUCAAAACGUCGGGGGUGAACCUGCCGGACCAAAGAAGGCAGUCUCGCCUGGCCCCACUGAAAACGUUGAAGUCAAAGUACUCAAUCAAUUUCGUGUAUUUGCCGACACCGAAAAGCAGAGAGUGAUGGAGAGAAGGAAGGCACAGCAGAACCAAGAUCGGACUGCAAAACUGAACGAGUUGCUUCGCUUUUCCAAAACUUUCAAACUCAAGACACCGAUACCCAAUGAUCUAAUUGGUAUCCUUGCCAAAGACCCAGCUAAGCAGGAGGCCAUUGUCGAAAAGGCCCAAAAAGAACACGAGGAAUCAGCGUCAACUGCUGCCAGUCCUUCACCGGCUCCAGCGGCUGAAAACACAGUUCGCAAAGUUGAGGAUCCCCAGCCUAUACCAUCUGUGCCGGAUAGACAGACUUUCAAUCGCGGACGUGGCGGGUUCCCUCAACCUGGUCGAUCUGAUCGGGCUACCAGUCAGCAACAAACUCCUUUGUUGACUGGGCGCAACAACAAUGCUCCUUAUCAACCAAGAUUCCCUUCACACCAAGAUCGCAAGGGAAGCCAUGCAGGCCCUCCUAUCCCGGCUCCUAUUCCUAUCAUCGAGGGCCGUGUCCCUCCUACCGGCCCUAUGGCGGAUCAGAAUGGCAUGAUCAGCCCUCAGCGAUCCAACAUGCACACGCCAACAUCAGCUAUUUCUGGCAGAUUCAACCUGAAUGUGAAAGCGUCCGAGUUCCGCCCUACUGCUGCUACUUUCAAUCCCGGUGGCUCCUCCCAGACUCCGUCAAGUCCUGCCUCGACUCAGCGAGGCGGAUCCAUCUCCAGAACGGCGAGUCCGUCAUUAUUCUUCGGCAACCGGAAGCCAAAGCCUGCUUCGGAAAGACCAUCUAUCACGAAGGACUUCAAUCCAAUUACCCGAAUGAAGGAGGAACGUUCGCACAAGAAGACGGACCCAGAGGGCAAGCAUGAAGAACCGCACAAAGACUACAGCAGUAAUGGUGGCAUUCCGAACGCAUUCCAAACGGGUCCUCGCUGGACAGUCAAGGCGGAGAACGAUCAGAAGACAUAUGAAGAAGCUUUCGAGCAGCUUACUGCCACUGCCGUUCCGCGAGCGCCCGCUCGACUGGGUUCAAAUCAACAUAUAGCAUUUGCUGGGCAAGGACAGACAAUCCCGAGUGGACCAGCCAGCAUUCCUCAUAUUGCGACACCGCAGCAUGGUCAGCAUGCAGGAGUACACCAGUAUCCUCACCAAUACGAUGAUGGAAACCACCGCUUACAGUUUGGUGCUGGCACGCCUGGCGUCUACCCUUCGCCCAGUGUCACAUCUCGUCAGACAUCUACCUAUGCUUCACCAAUGCCCCAUCCGGCUCAGCUCGCGUAUCCACAGCAACCAUAUUUCGGAACGCCAGGUGGACAAAUGCAGAUGCAGAUGCGACCCUUUCCUGGCACGCCUGGCAUGAUGCACGCACAGAUAGGGCAAAUGGGCGCACCUAUGAUGGUUCAGCAGCCAUCAAACGGCCCUUACAUGGCUGUGCCUCAACAGUUCAAUCCUCAGAUGCAAAUGUACUCGCCAAAUUCGAGGCAUGCCUAUCCUCAACAAAACGGGGCGUUCUCCAGUCCUGGUCAGAUUGCUCCAAUGAUGAUGCAGCAGGGAUCUCAACAGAGCCAUACAGGCGCCCCAAACAUGAUGUUUAGUGUCUCGAACCAAGGGGUGCCAAUGGGUUAUCCGCAGCAACAGAUGGGGAUGCCUCGAGGCAAUUAUGGCGGCCACCAAUAUGGAUCAAAUGCGCAACAAGGGUAUGGAAUGCAACAUCGAACCAUGAGCGGUGGAUAUGGUCAGAUACCGCAGAAGAUGCAUUCACAAAUGCAAGUCAAUAAUGGACCUGCCAUGAACGGACCUCCUCAAGGGCCCGCUUACGGUCAGAUGGAAUCGGCGCAGGACGAUGGAAAAUGAAGUGGUCACCGUCUAUGGACUGAGUAUCUGGGAUAUGGAUGCUUGAACGCGCCGAGAAAGCAUAUGCAUAUCAUGGCUUUGUGGCUCUCGAACAAAUCUCUCACGAUGAGCUCAACGCUCAUGGUUCACCCUCUCGU